AUGCGUCAAUUAGGAACCGAGGAAAGAGCUGCUCUACUUUUAACAGCAGAUGAUGACAAUAAUGAUGAGGAUGAUCAUGAAUUAAAUAAUUCUCAAUCAAAAAUUUCCAAUGAUAAUUUUCCUACAAUUGCUAAACGUCCAAGAACUUAUCAUCGUCAUAAUACUUCCGGUACUCAUCCUAUGUUAUGUUUUACAUUAGUUUUGGGAGCAUUUAUUCUCGGAUGUAUAAGUGGUGUUAUUAUUAUGCUUUAUCGAGUGUCGCAAGACGCUGAACCGGGUCAUUUAUUAAAUAUCCCUCAACAAUUAACAAAUGUUGAUUUAUCAAUUCGAACAAAAUUAUUUGAAUCAAUCAAACCUACAAAUUUUAUGAAUCUCAAUUAUUCAAUCGACAAUGAAAAUGAUAUAGCUGAUAGAUUAUAUAAACAAUGGCAAUCAUUAUCUCCAUCAUUAAGUCAUGUAAAAAAAUUUUCAUAUGAUAUAAAUUUAUCAAAAUAUGCUCCAUUUACUCAAUGGAGUGGUAUUCAAUUACUUGAUGGUAAAAAUGAAAAAGAACUUUUAAAAGUUGAUCGUUUAUUAACUGAAGAUAUGAUUUCAUUUUCAUCAUUACUUAAAUCUACUACUGUUACUGGAAAUUCAAUUUAUUAUGUUAAUUAUGGUCGACAAGAAGAUUUUGCAUAUUUAAUAAAACAUAAUAUUCCUUUUGGAAAUUCUGAAACAUCCAUUGUAGUUAUGAGACGUCAACAAACAAUUAUAUCUCAAACAGAACAAAUUCAUCAAGCACUUUAUCAUGGUUUUGGUGCAAUUAUUUUCUUUGAUGAUAAUAAAGAUUCUCAAACAACAGAAACUACAGAUACUCGUCAAAAUUUUUUUCGAGAAUGGGUUCGACAAUAUGGCAGACAAAAUGGUCAAAAUCUUAUUGAUGGUAUUAUAAAUAAUAGAGAUCAUUCCAUAGCUGUUUUAGUGCUUUCAUACAAUGAUAUUCAAAGUAUAUUUGCAUCACUUCAACCUGAUUCAAAUGAUUGGUUAUUAUGUCCAUCUGAAUGGCAUAAUAAAACAACAUCAUUAAAAAUUGGUGGAACACUUUCAACUGUUAAAUUACGAAUAGUUGUUAAUAUGGAAGAAGCUAAAAUACAAUUACCAGUUGUUAUGAGUUCAAUACAUGGUAAAACUGAUGGUGAAAAUUUUGUUAUGAUUGGUUAUCAAUUAAAUUCAGUGCAACAAAAUAGAAUAGUUAAUGAAAUUAUUCAAGCUUAUAUAAAUCAAAUUAAGAAUGGUUGGAAACCAAAACGAUCAAUUUUAUUUUGUGCUUGGUCAGGUUUAGAUUAUGAUCAUUAUACAGUUCAUCAAUGGAUUUCAAAUAAUUACCAUUUGGUUGAUAUGAAUUUACUAGCAUAUAUUGAUCUUGGUAAUGAUAUUACUGGAAAUUCUACUCUUAAUUUACAUGGUUCAUCACUUCUUGAACAAGUUGCUUAUCGUGCUGCGAAUUAUAUUCCAAGUCCAAUAAAACAUAAUCAUACGUGUCAUCAACGACAAAUGCCAACAACAAUGCCAACAAGUUCAAAUGAAGAAAAUCAUCAUCAUGAACAUAGUCGAAAACGACGUAAUGCUGAACAUGAACAUCAUAUGGAUAUGGAUAUGAAUAAUGAAGAUGAAAAUGAAAAAGAAAAUGAAUGUGAAUCUCAUAAAUUAUUAGAUGAAUGGAUAAGAGCAGCUCGUAAUCAAAUGGGAUCAAAUAAAAGUAUAGGAAUAGUUCAACCUAUUGAUAUUGAUUCAACAGCUGCUUUAUUUCAAUUAAAACAUGGUAUUCCAUCAAUAGUAAUUGAAAUAACUGAUGAACAGGCAGUAACAAAUGAUACAUUUUAUGUUCGUCAUUCACCUUCUAUUAUUGAUCGAGAAAUUUCACCGGAAUUUUUUGUGGUUUAUACACAAUUUAUCAGUGAAAUCAUUCGUCAAUUAAUCGAUGAACCAUUAAUUGCAUUUAAUUUAACAAAUUAUGCUGACCAAAUAGAUAAACAAGCUAUUGAUUAUUUUGCUCAUUAUGGUAGAGCAUAUAAUGCAUUAUAUUUUCAUAUUGGUCGUCCAGAGGAAUUUACAAAAUUAUUAAAUGAUUUAACAAAAUCUAUUCGACAACUUCAAACACGUAUUGAUCAAAUACCGAAAACUGAUUAUGUUGGUCUUCAAUCAUUAAAUAAACAAUUAUUUGAAUUUGAACGUUUGUUUAUUAGUAAUGAUCAACUCUAUGGAAUGAAUUCAGCAGAUAAAUCUUAUAAGCAUAUUUUAUUUGGUCCAGCAUAUAGUCUAACUAAUACUGCUGUACCAUUUCCAUUAUUAUCAAACGUUCUUUUUGAAAUUCCUGAAGAUCCAUCAUCUGAAAUAUGUUAUGCAUCAGCAUUAUAUUGGUCAAAAUUAAAAAAACAUCUUUAUUUAAUAAAUCGAACAUUAAAUGGAUUCGAUGGACUUCUUCAAAAUGACAAAUAA